AUGAAAAGCGAAUUGCAUCUUUGCCUCGUUUUCUCUGUUUUUCUCACCACUUUACCACAACUUGAUGGUACUGCUAUACCUAACUCUAAGCAAGAAAGGAAAAAGGUUUUAAUCCUUGGAGCAGGAGCUGCAGGGAUCACCGCAGCUAUGACCCUUUACGAUCAAGGCAUCACAGAUUUUCUUGUAUUGGAGGCUCAAGACUACAUUGGUGGCCGAAUAAAGUCAGUGCCCUUUGCUGGCAAGAAUAUCGAGGAAGGAGCAAACUGGAUUCACUUCCUGGAAGAAAAGGAAAAUCCUCUUCUUCCUUUACGCGACAAGUACAACUUAACAGGAUAUUUGUCUAAUUUUAGCGACUUUUGUAUGAGGUGAGUUUAAUACUCGGAGAACUUAAACAAAACGUUGUCAACAAGAACUUCGGUUUUUUAUGACAGAUGAAGAAAUAAUCACAUCCACCGCUUUUUUCUCUGUUUAACUUAUAGGGUGUGCUAAAAACAAAAAAAAAUACCACAGUAAGAAAUAUCCUUUUUUACAUGAGCUCUAAUUGUAACAUUUUCUUGGUAACUUAUUCAUUUAUUUAUUCAUCGCGCGUUAAUGUCAGUUGUAUCAGCUGUCGAUUGCAUCUUUUCAUUCACGAUAGCCCAAAGAGCUAGUCAGAUGAAACGUUCGAAACUACCCUAUAGUAAAAACAGAAAUCUAGUUCAGCACUGAGAUUCGACCUCGUUUCCAACAAGUUUAUAUACCCUGAAUAUGUGAAAAUCAGAGACCCCUUUCCGAACAAAACCAAAGAUAAGUUAAAGAAAGCAAAUCGUGUUCGAUUUAGUUUUUCGGGUCUCUGGUCACCUUAUGUGAUAUUUCUGGGACAAACGAUCAUAUUUACACUGAGCCUGGUUACCAAAAUACUGGUUGGUUACAAGUCGUACUUGCAAAAAUGCCUUUUUUUUAAUUAGCAGGGCCAGUCGAUGGGCGCGGUGGGGCGGCCGGGGGGGGGGGGGGGGGGUUGGGUUUGUGAGGGUGGUGGGGGGAAGCGCAUCGCUGUAUUAGAUUACCUAAAAUUUGGAGUUCACCGGGUUUCGUUUGAAUUUGAAUUUGGGAUAAGACAAUGCUUUUAUACAUGCUACCUGAAUUCUGCUUUUCUUGGAAACGAUUGGAAUUUAUGUUUUUGCUAUGUAUUUUACAAUCCGUUUGCUUCUGGAGCCUAGUCGUUCUGGCUAAAAAUACAGUUUUGUACCUCUAAUACGUUUUUUUAAAAGGUAGCCCCCUAGCGGAUAUGAAAAAAUAAAGUGCAUCGUUAUUCAGAAAAAAGAUGUGAUCGAAAAUACGAGGAGCAUUUGUCGUACUUAUGUACAAUGCAUAAAUUAUAGACUACGAUUUAAAUAGCAAUUUCUAAAAGAAGGUUAUAAAUUGCAUCUGCACGCAGCACUUUAUAACCUUAAUUAAAGUUAAAUCAUAGUGUAUAAUGUAUGCAGUGUAAAUAAGUGAGACAAAUGCUCCUCGUAUUCUUAGUUAAGAAUAUGUGACAUCAAACCUUUCACGGUUUCACAAUAUUAACUAAGUUAGCUUUUGUGCCUUGAUUCAGUUUGGUUUGAUUUGAAUCAAAAUAUUCCGAUGUCAGAUUAUGUUUACGAGAGCAUCAUCUCAUGUAGGUUGCAUUGCCAAAUCUCGCUCCUUACCCGCCUUUGUAAAUACCUCUAUGAUUCGAUUAAAAAAAAAAUGCCAGCAACUCCUGUCAGUGUGACAGAGUAGCCACUAAAGAAGAAAACCAUGUAAGUCCAUCCGAAGACACGACAAAAUAAAGAAGUCAAUCAUGUUAGAACUCGGCGACUCAACCACAACACAUGGUUGAGCCAUCGUUACAAUGGUAUGCUGUAUUGCACCGAAGUGAGGCAAAAUGUCCUUCUAACACCUGGGGAGGUUUAAACUGGUAUUGAAUGAAACUUCUUUUUCUCAAAUGCAUGCAACGCUUAAUACUGAGGAAAUACCAUGUGCAUGUUUAUUGUUCAUUAUGUUUAUUUUUGAAUUCGCUCUAGAUCUGUAACAAAGGCCUAGCUAUCGAAGCAUCAUCAGUUUCUUUAAUCCUUUUAAGCGUAUGACCAAGUUACUUCAUUAACUCAGAAUUGAUAAAAUCAAAUUUAUGUGUUUCGUUCCCUCACUGACGCAGCCCACAAAUUCAGAAAUAAACUAAAUAAUCGUUAAUAAACGGCAUGUACAGUUGAUAGAUUGCAGGUAGAAUUCGUUUUCAGGUUAAUCUACAUAUUUAAAUCGGACUCUUGCCCCCCAGAAGACACGUGGUGUGGUGUGAUUCUGUGGGUGUUGAGAGUUCUGGGUCAGAGUUUUCUCUGGAUGUUGCGCCAUACUGACGAGCCCCAAAAAGGGCGAAACAGCUGUCUAUGGCUACAAUCCCGCUCUGAUUUGAGUUCGUUCGGUGUCUUGUUGAUGACGACUUGCAGAGUUAAUUUUCACGUAGUACGAUUAGCAUUGCAGUAUUAAUUCUGCUUGCAGAAUUUAAUAUGUCUACAUUAUUAUUUUUGCUGAUCAGGUCUUUAUAGAUCGUACGUACGUUCUUCGGCAUAUUCGUUUGUGGUCCUUUGCAAGCCUUUUUGGUUAAUGUUUGUAAUCUACAUAUUGUAGUAUUCACCCUAGUUUAAUUCUAGCCCGAGAAAACAGACGACAUUUCGCGUCGCCACCAAAGGUUUCCUGACAUCAUUUCGCGCUGGGGAAACCGUUGCUGGCGUCGCAAAAUGUCGUCUGUUUUUUCAGGCUAGUUCAAUUCAGGAUUUCCUUGAUUUCCUAGCCCUAUCAUGAUUCUUACUGUACAAGACAAAGGAAAUACUGGAGCGGAUUAUAGCAACAACAAACACGCUCUACAAUUGAUUUUGCACAUUUUCUUGUUAUGCCGAGGUGUCCUUUUUUUUCCACAGAAACGACUCCGGCCAAGAUGUAACUGAUCUGCGUACGUACAGUGAAUGGAAGAAAGUAAGCGAAAAGUUAUUUGCGAUGGGUAAGAAAAGGGGAGAGGAAGAUCAUCCUCCCAGAGAUAUGCCGGUCUCAGUUGCGCUAAAGCUUCUCGGUUGGAUAUCAGACACUCCAGCAAAGAAAACAUUGUCUUGGUUUGACCUCGAUUUUGAAUAUGGUGAUGGCGAGAAAGGAACUUCUCUGAACAACAUGGGAUUUCCUCCUGAGAAGGAUUUCUUCGUCACUGAUCAAAGAGGCUACUGGACGCUGUUCAGUGACUUUUACAAGUCUUUCCAAGACAAAAUCUUGCUGAACAAGGUUGUUCAGAAGAUUCGGUAUUCCAAUGACAGCGUUACAGUUGUUACAGCUGGCGGAGAAGUCUUCAGUGCAGACUACGCUUUGUCCACGUUCAGUUCUGGCGUUCUUGGCAGCAGUUUUAUAAUGUUCAGACCCCCCUUACCAAAGUGGAAGAGAGAAGCAAUUUAUCGUUUUAGACCUGUUUACUUCACAAAGAUUUUCCUGAAGUUCCCAUAUGAUUUCUGGGAUGAUCAUGAAUGGAUUAUGCAUGCCUCCCAAAAACCAGGCAAUUUUCCAACUUUCUACGACCUGAAUCGGCCAGGAUUCUUUCCUGGCUCCAACCUUCUUUUCACGGUGGUAACUGGAGAUGAAGCACUGAGAAUAGAAAAGCAAAGCGAUUUGAAAACAAAGAAAGACGUGAUGGAUGCCCUACGAAAAAUGUAUGGAAACACGAUACCGGAAGCGACAGGUAAGUAGCGUCCUUUUGGUCCUUUCUCUCACUUCAGGUAAGCUACCUGAAGAUCAAAAUAAGAUCAUUUUAAUUUAUUUCAAGCAUCUAUUGAACUACAUGUUCUAUUGUAUGUCGCACUAUAUGUUCUUUAGUUUGCUGGUGGCAGUCUCAGCCAGGCUUUUAAAACAACCUGUCUGCGAAUGUCCUUAUCAGAGUCGAAUGAAUCGUGAAACAUGAGUGAAUGCUGAGUCAGUCAGGUUAUUGAUGAAUAACUGAUCAAUAGAUAGGUCAAUAAAGUCUUGAUAUUAUUUCAUCUGCCACUUGUGAAGCCAUGAUGUUUGUUAAGUCUUCGUUAAUCAACUUUGUAGAUACUCUUUAGGUUUUAUUAUUAUUAUUAUUAUUAUAAUCAUCGUCAUCAUUAUUAUUACUAUCAUCAUUAUUACUAUUAUAAUUAUUUAUUUUGAUAAAUCAUUUUAGCAUUUAUUUAUUAUUGACACUUUUUUCACCUGACGUACUGUAUCCUAAUCCUUUCAUCCAAUGUUUAUUGGUUGUAAAGAAUUAUAAGGCUUCACUGAAGAACCUCGUGUUUGCCUUGAAGUUCACAGUGUAUCGUUCACCUUAUAAGCAGUGUUCCUUUAUAUAGCAUUUGUUUACUAUUUCUUAUAUCACGAUUAGAUAUCCACGUCAGCAAAUGGUCACAAAACCCAUUCGUGCGCUGUGCAUGGACAGAUCCUGUGGUGGGAACGAGCUGGGGACACUACGAAAACAUGUCCGGUCGACUUAGGAACCUUUUUUUCGCCGGUGAGAGCAUCAGUGAUGAAUAUUAUGGCUACGUUCAGGGAGCGCUCUUUACUGGGCGCGAUAAAGCGGUUGAGAUCACCAACUGCAUCAAGGGAGGAGCGUGUAAAGCAUACAAGCCCGCCAAAGAAGAAAUAUGA